AUGCAUUACGGAUCAUGGAUAACCCCCCAACAAAUGAUGGAGAACCGUUACUAUUCCUCAGGAUUCAUCGAAGAUCCGUACCGCCUUCAAAAUGAUCCUCGUGACGAAGAGUGCGAGCAAACAAUCGACGAAACCCACGACACAAUAACAACAGCGACCUCGGACGAGCGUAGCUCCAGCGCGGAUAUUUUCCGACUAGAAUUCGCGGCAACUCAGCGUCUCAAGUUAGUAUCAAAUGCCGAAGGACUCUUCAACCGGCUGGUAGCCAGCAACAUCCUCCCACACAACGAGCAGGACCAGAUAGAGCAGUGGCUGUGUAUGAAGCAAGAGUACGAGGAGUGUAUCACUAGCGACGAGACUGCGAGCCUCCAGGGGUAUGAAACUACUCGGCGUUCUCUUGAAAGAAUCGAGGAGGUUACAGAAACUGAUGAAAAGACUGAUGAAUCCAAUCCUGUUCGUAUUUCUUCAGACACUUCAAUGUCCGACGUAGACGUUGAAGAUGAUGAGAGUGAUAUUAAUUCCGACAAUCCCGAUUUUUUGGAAAAACUUGACGAGUGUAUGAACAAAUUAAAACGCGAGACAGAUUUUAUUAUUGACAAUAUUGACGACGAUAAUUUUAUUCCUAUAAUUACUGAACACCUGACAAAUAAUAGUAUUAAUAACAAUAAUAACAAUUAUUAUUACAAUAAUAUAAAUAAUAAUAAUGAACAUGAUGAUUGUAAAAUAGUUAAGCCAAUACCGAUAAGAAAUAAAUCUCUGAGAAGAAAUUCAAUGUUACCUGGUUCGGAAAUGUGCAGUGAUGUUGCUGCGUUUGCUUCUGGCUUUAAAUUACCCGAGUGUUAUCAAGAGCAAAUUAAUGAUGAGUGCAUUAACGACAACUCGCCUGACCUAUUGGUCGACGCUUUGAAGAGCAACGAUGUGCUUGAGCCGAUAAAAACUUUGAAGACUCUGACUAUGAACAACAAAGUUAAACAGACUCAAGUUAAAAUCAUAAAAGAAGAACUUGAUGACGCUCACAAGCGGAUUGAUGAAUUACAGAAGACUAUAAAAAUGAAAGAAGAAAUAUUUAUCGGUGAUAUGGUCAAAAAUUCCGAGUCUCGGAAACAAAAGCUGCAUAAAAAAAGGUUCAAAGUUAAGAAAGAACUCAGUACUCGCGGUUGGGCGACUGACAAGUCUAUUUGUUCUUUGAGGAAUGAAAAGUGUCAGCGGGAUGUUGAGCUGUACAAAAAUAUUGCGAUUCACUAUGAGCAGAGGCUGGUGGACAUUGAAAAAAUCAAACAGAUUGCCGGAGACUCGGCUAAGAAGAUUCUUGAGCUGGAAAUGUCGCUCAAUGCUUCGAAAGUUCAGAUGGAAAAGCUGCAGUGGCAGCUUAAAAAGGAGGAAGAAAGGAAGAGUCAACUGGAGGAUGAAGCCGCGGAGGAUCAGAAGAAAAUUAAGGAGCUGGUUGAAAAGUGUAAUUUGACUGAGUCGAAGCUUCAGGAGAUGAAGAGCGAGUCUGAAGAUGAGCGAGCUAGUUCUAGGAUGAAGGAUGCGGAUCAAAAGGUUUCGAUGAGCUCUAGGAUGUCUCUGGAUUUUUUGAAGAUCAAAUCUUUGAACGAGAGGGCUGAGAAUUUUAAGGAAGCUAGUGAUAGGAAUGAAAUUAAGAUUCUGAGGGAUGAAAUUAAAGAGCUGAGGUUCAAUAAAGAGAACUUGGUGACUCAGACUGUGGACUUGGUCAAAAAAAUUAAAUUGCAGGAGAGGAAACCUACUGAGGAUGAAGAGAGGAAAAAACUGGAGUGGAAUGAGUCUAUUGAGAUGAUUGACACGUUGAUUGAGAAGAAAAAUUCUAGAAUUUCUAGGCUUUCUAAAUUGGGAGGCAUUAGUAAAAAUAGUUCGAGCAAUGUGGAAGAGUCUAGUGUUAGCAACAAGGAGAUGAUCAAUGAGCUUCUGUCUAAUUUGAGGGAUAAUGAGCUCAAAGACUUGUUCCAUGUUUAUUAUAAUAAAGUUAUCGAGCUGAAGAAAAGUACUGGGGUCCUGGAUGAGCAGAAUGUUGGUUGGGAGGCAGAAUGCCAGAGUUUGAAGAAAGCGAAUCAUGAUCUUAUGGUCAAGUUCCAACAAAAGUAUUCGCACUAUCCAAGUUCUUAUGCGAUGACUGGAAGAGGAAGCAAUGAUAAGCAACUUCAAAUGGUCGUCAGGAACUUUAAUCAUCAGGGAGCUGAUCAUAAGGAAAUGGAGGUGGAGGAACUUAGGAGGGAAAAUAAAAGUCUUCAUAAGAAAAUCAAGGAAAUGCUGAGUAUUUCCAAGUGGGCGAAUCAAGGCUCUAGCAGAUAUCCCAGACAUGAUUUUAAUGAUAUUAAACCUUCGUCUCAGGAUAAGUUGAUGACUAAAGUUACUAGAGAAAGAAACAAAAUUAUUAUUCAGAAAACUGAUUGUGUUAACAAGAAAAAGUAA